AUGGCUGCCUCUUUUCUUCUUCUUCUUCUUCUUCUUCUACACACUUCCUCCCUUUUCUCCUUUUCCUCUUCUCUCUCCCCUGAAACCGUCCUCGACGCUGCCGGCAUUCUCUCCGAUUCAGGCUACACCUCCAUGUCUCUCACUCUCCAAGCUCUUUAUCAAACUCUUCUUUCGCAAACUCCUUCUCUCACCAUCUUCGCUCCGUCGGAUUCUUCUUUUACAAAAUCGGGUCAACCUUCUCUUGAUCUCCUCCGUUUCCUUUAUGAGGAUGGGCUUUUCCUGAUCUACGGAAUCGACAGUUUCUUCCAUCCCGAUUUUCAGUAUACUCCAGCAUCUCAGGGACCUAGCCCUAAUCCAAUUUGUGGGUUGCGGAGACAGACUAUGAGUUCCUCCGAUUCGUUCAGUCAAGCCAUCGAAACACUUCGAUCCACAGGGUACUAUGUGACGGCGUCGUUUCUUGGUUUGCAAAUGAAUGGAAUCAGCAACGAGGCUGCAAUGACCCUUUUUGCUCCUGAAGAUGAAAUGGCGAAGAAUCUUCUUGCGAAUUUCAGCGAGUAUCCAUCGUUCUUUCGUCGCCAUGUUGUACCAUGUAAGCUUCUCUGGAAUGAUCUGGCUGACUUGAACAACGGGUCGAACUUACCCACUAUGUUGGAGGGUUUUUCUAUUAACGUCACGAGGUCUGGUGGUGUUCUGACGCUGAAAGGAGUCUCAGUUGUCUUUCCGAAUAUAUUUCACAGCGAUAAGCUUGUUGUUCAUGGCGUAAGUGAUGCUCUUGUGGCGCAUUAA